UUGACUGAUGAUCUUGUCAUCGAGGAGGAUCGGUGUGACUUUUCCAUUAGUACAGCAGAUGAAAACAUCGUAGAAUUGUCAGUACAUUGUGUGGAAAUGGGACAAAUAACAAAAUCCUUUGCCUCACUGGUGAUCUGCAUUCUACUGGUUUUCUUUGGAAAUGUUCAACUUGGCGAAUCAAGAGUACUGGGAAGACAGCUACUUUCUACGGACUCGGAUGAAACAUUUGAUAUGUACUACAAAUUGGACAAAACAACCCAAAUUACAACUGUAUCGCCAAACGAAACACCAAGUUCUAAAAGUGCAGCAAAUAGUCACAACACUCAAUCUGAUUAUUCAAACUAUUUACCAAUAGGAGCUGCAGACUACAAAAACAAAAACACAAUGGAAAACAUGUUAAACAAUGUGAUAGACAAAAUCAUCAAAGAGACCAUAAAUAAUAUUACUAAUUUGAGACAUGUCAACCAAAUGAAAAGUGAAAUACAAAAUUAUGGAACGGGAACACAACAGGUUAUCAAAAUGGAGGAUCCUUCUAUUUACCAAAACAGUUUCAAACCUACAGUCGACGAGAAAUGGAACGAUUACAAAAAUGCGAAUAAAGAAAAAUUAUCACCUAGAGGUAAUAAGAAUAUACAAUUUCGCGACGAAAACACCAGAUUGAGGACGAAGAAUGACGAUGUCAUACGAACCAUUUAUACUGGAAAUGAGAACAAAAAGGACUAUAACCGCAUGACGUCAGAUGUACAUAGAAAUGAAAUGGUUGCUACGACACAACACAUUACCAGACCUAAUAAUUGGAAAGUCUUCGAGACAGCAGGUGGAAAACAAUUUAUUGAUGAAACACCAUUUAUUGGAAAUUCAGUUGAUAUGAAUGGAAUUCGAACUGACAAUUUGAAUGGAAGAAAUUCGAAGCAAAAUACACAAUUAGAAGCAUAUAGCAGAAACCAGAUAGAAAGUUUUGGAAAACAAUUACAAAACCAAAUGCAUGAAAGUUACAAUGGUAAUACAACUCCUAGCAGAACUUUUCAAGAGGGAAGCAACCAAAACGUGUUGAGGGGUAGCUUUAAUUCAGAAACCACAUUGAAUGAAAAUAUAAACAUAAAAGAUAAUGGUAAACUGUCUAAUAAAAAUACUACUGGCAUCAACGUUGGAAAAGAGUUAGGCAUAAUGCAACAAGCCGGCGCACAAAAUAGAAAUGACAAGAAAUCGACAAAACCACGGUACAACAAAAUAGUGUCACCUAGUGGAAAAGAAGAAGUUUUUGUUUAUGAAGUAGUUGAAGUUGUACAUCAUGGAAAUGAUUCAGAACAAGCAACAGAAACAAUUAACACAACUAAAAGUAUUUCAUCAUCAAAGCCUACAACGAAGCUUAGUACCAAUUCAUCAAAUUCAGAAAUAAAAGCAAAAAAUAAUAUCCCCAAAAAUGAUAUGAAGUCAGCAGCAAAAAGAAACGGGAAGGCAAAGAAAACUAAAUCUGAAUCAAAAUCAACAAAUUUAAACCGAUCUUUGAUUAAAAAAACAAAACAAGGAACGAUAUCGAAAGGGAGCGACAUCGGUAAUCUUGUUCAAAAGAAAAGGAAAACAGAAAAUCAAACAAAAACAGAAGCAAAUCAGGACAAGUCCAUCACAAGAUCUUCUACUUCGUCAAAUCGCAAAAAGCCAUCUCAAAGAAACACCAUAAAACAGACAAUAAAGACAAAAAAUAACCCAGGAUUGAUAUCUAUAACGAUACCAGGAAUAAACCAAUCAAAAUAUGCACAGAUUCCAUCAAAUUCAAAGAAUGGUGUUAAUAAGCCUAGUUCUUCUCCGAAAAACAAGAACAUUGGCGUUUCACCAAAUAAUCAAAUGACCAAAAAUAAUAAAUCAUCGAAAAAUAACAUGAAUGAUAGGAAGAAAGAUGUUAAUUCUCGACCUACCACCCAAUUGACCGGAAAGAGUCAACUAGCAAAUCCUUUAACGGAAUCUUCAUUGGCACCUCGCUCUAGGUUUAUGACACAUUUAGAUGAAGCUAAAAUACUUGCAAUACGGAAACACCUUGUACGAAUGUUGCAGCAGAUCAACGGUCACAUUGCUGCUACAAGGACAAAAAAUAUUGAAUUAAUAAAACAGCAAAAUGAAGUUAAUCUUUUAGAUAGACAAAAGGAGAAACAUAUAUUGGAACAAACGCCUUCUGGAACUGAAAAUAAGGCAGAUGAAAGGCAUAUUGUAACUGAAAUCUCAACUGGUGCGGAACCUGGUAUUUACAAAACGAACCAAGAAAUCAUGAAAUCUCCCAAACCAACGACAUUAGGUACGGAUGGAAAGCCGACAGUAAAUUCUAUUAUCGAUCAAAAUUUAAUUUCUAACAAAGAAGCUGUCUUAUCCAAGUUGCCUAAUGAGAAGAGAAAUUUGAAACCACAAAAUAUAGCUAAUAGAUCGAAUAACCUAAUUUUGAAAGAAAUUCGUCAAAGUAAUUUGAAACCUGCAUUUAACAACUUCAUUGAUGUCGAAUUUCUGAACCCAGGCGAAACGUUACACCGAAUAAAUGUUUCUGAAAUUACAGAAAAAGUCAAAAAUAAAAACAACGUUGCUUCAGCCGAUAUUCCAGCUGAUGUUAAUAAAAAACAACCACCUAUUGGAAUCCAAACAAGCGGUGUAAAUGGAAAUUCUUUUGCACCAACAAAUCAAAUGAAUACAGUACAAAGCAAUGUCAUUGACAAUAGUAAACAUACUAAUAUGAAUUCGCAGAAGCAAAUGCUUACAAAAAAUCUGCAAGCUUUAUUAAAGAUGAGUGAUAUGCUAUUAGCAAAGCAAAAUAAGAUGCCGCAUGGCAAAUUAUUACCAGGGGCGUUUAAUGAACCAUUGAACCACAAUCAAGAAAAUAUGAAUGGAUUCAUGCAAAAUGAACUUAAUAUUCAUCAACCAAAUACAAAUAGCAUAAAUGGGAAUCCAUAUGAAGCUAAAAACAAUUCUCCUCAAGGUCAGACAGAUGUUCUAAAGUCAGGACAAUCUUCCAAUCGUUCGGAUCUCUCAUCUGUCCAUAAGUCACAAUCUUCCUGGAACAUGCAAAGAAUAACCACGGCACCGAACCUUAGAAAACUGGAGAUGCCUUUUGGAGUAGAAAAUAAGAAUAAUCAUAAUAUACCACAAAAUGUGCUAGAAAGCAACAGAAUGCCAUCAAAUUUUAGAAAUCAGGUAUUUGCUGAAAAUCCAUUACCUGAUCUGAAUCAAGCUAUAAUACAACAUAUGAAGGAUAAGUCGAGAAACACUCUACAUGUUGGUCUACCAGAAAAUCAAUCCGAUCGCCAUUUACUAGGGAACGCUCUCAUGCUUGACCAUGUAAAUAAUUAUUUUAGAAAUAAAUUUGAUCAUAUAAAAGGAUCAGAUCAUCACCCUAAUUCUAACACCGUAAAUAGCCAACCCAUACAGAAUGGUAUUCAUGGUUCAACGUUAUCAAACGUGAAGCAAAAUACAGUGCAAAACAGUGUUGGUGGUACUAUGUUUCCAAUAUACGACCAGUCUUUAAGUAAUCAAAAGUUGACUGAUUUUAAAAAUAAAAUGUUUUCAGCACAAGCUGGUAGGACAUCACAUGGUGCCACGCAUUUAAGCGGAAGAAAUAUUCAAAACAAAUGGGUUGCCGACAAUAAAUAUAAUGAUAUCACUCCUAACUUUCCAGCAAAACGUAAUCGGAACGGAAUGUUCUUGCGAAAUGACCGGAUAUUCAACGUUGGUCCACAACCAUCUGGUAUGUUUCAAAACGGCAUAGGAAGUCAGAUGAAAGCAGAAACGCAUAGCGUAAAACCCAUUAAUACGAUUGAUCUACAAUUUCUCAACCCAGGAACUCAUACAAAUGCUGUACACAAGCCUAUAGAAAAUGGUACGACGGGAAUGGCUUCCAACUCUGUGUCUCUAACAAACCCAAAUAUUUCAAGUAACUCAGAGUUUGUUGCCUAUAACCAUCUUCAGAGAAUGCUGGAAAAUUGGAGUACGCCAUCGCCGUCAUAUCUAAAUGAACAUGGUAACCCUCGGACUACACAGCGAACAUCAUCAAAACAAUUUCAUAACAGUUAUCACAAUUUAGUUCCUAGUUGGAAUUCGAAGUGGCCAGCCGCACAGGUUCCAGCGUCUAAUCGGCUCCCGCAGGUUAAUCAAAUUUCACAAAACCUGCAGCAAACAUCGCCCAUUCAGUCUCAAAUACCACAAAAUCAGCAACAAUUAUCGAAAAAUCUCCAUCAAUCUUCACCAAAUGCCGAUCAGAAUUUAUCAUUUCAAAAUCAGAUUUCACCAAAUCGUAAUCAGUUUUCGCGAAACCAGCAACAAUAUUUAUCAAGUAUGCACCAAUCAUCAAAUUUAAACAAUAUGAUUAAUAACUUGCCUACACAAAGAACAAGAAUUACUAAACAAUCUUCAGAGCAUCACUUGAUUCCAAAAGUGUCUUUGCAAUUUAGUUCUAAUCGUCCCGUCAAACUGACAGGAAACGUUUUACCAAAAGAGAGUGGUACCACGGCACCAUAUAACUGGAACAGCAACACGAAUCAAAAUACAAAUAAUGUACAUUCUUUUCAAUCUAGAGGCGAUCCUAGUAUUUCAGGGCAUGUAACUGAAAAUCAAAUGACAAGGUCUGGUAAAGACGUGGCUGGUAAUGUUUGGUUUAAUCAUAAAAAACUGUUUAAUUCAUUUAUACCGGAAAGUACAAUUGCUAGUAACAGUAUACUAAAUGGGGCUGAUGCUGCCUCGCAAAUAUUGAACAGUGUGUUUUCAAACAAUAUUCAUUCACAGUCAUCAAGUUUAGGAAAGGACAUGUUGAAACCUAUCACGAACAAAAAAUGGUACAGUUAUAUUUUAAAUGUGUAACAUGUUUGCUAAUACCGAUUACUUCGUUUCUUAUUCUUGUUGUAAAUAUACA